CAUGGCACGUACCAAGCAGACCGCCCGUAAGAGUACUGGAGGUAAAGCCCCCAGGAAACAACUGGCUACUAAGGCCGCUCGUAAGAGCGCCCCAGCCACCGGAGGUGUUAAGAAGCCCCAUCGUUACAGGCCCGGAACUGUUGCUUUGAGAGAAAUCCGUCGUUAUCAAAAAUCCACUGAACUCUUGAUCCGAAAAUUGCCAUUCCAGCGUUUGGUUCGAGAAAUCGCUCAGGACUUCAAAACUGAUCUCCGAUUCCAGAGUUCUGCUGUUAUGGCUCUCCAGGAAGCUAGCGAAGCUUAUUUAGUAGGCUUGUUCGAAGACACUAACUUGUGCGCUAUCCACGCCAAGAGAGUAACUAUCAUGCCUAAGGACAUUCAGCUCGCUAGACGAAUUAGGGGUGAACUCCCUGGUUGCAUGGGUACCACCACAUCUGAUACAUUUCGGGGUCAUUCUGCAGUUUCUUGCUGCAUGGAAAAAGCCAGCACAGUUAUAACACAUGGUGGCAGUCGUUUUUUGCAUUUUAUACACACUGCUGCGAAGCUGAAAGUAACCAAUCGCGUUUCACUCUUCGGAGCAGGGGCGUGUGUGAAAUCACUAUAUAAUGAGGGCGCUUUGCCGUCCCGGGCCAUUCGAGUCAUUUUAGCUCAUUUGAGAAGUCAUGUCUGGUCGUGGCGUUUAGCUAGACGUGGCGGAGUCAAACGUAUUUCAGGUUUGAUUUACGAAGAGACUCGAGGUGUGCUCAAAGUUUUCUUGGAAAAUGUCAUUCGAGAUGCUGUCACUUACACCGAGCAUGCUAAAAGGAAAACUGUCACUGCUAUGGAUGUUGUGUAUGCACUAAAGAGGCAAGGACGUACCUUGUACGGUUUCGGAGCCUUUGCCUUCUUAGGAGAUUUGGGUUUGGCUACUUUUUUAGCCCCAGCAGUGGCUUUCUUAGCAGCAGCAGGCUUCUUCUUUUUCUCUGCUUUUUCCUUCGGCUUGGCCGUUUUCUUAGCAGGGGCUUUUGCUUUCUUUGGAGAAGCAGCUCCUUCCUUUUUAGGCUUUUUCACGAUUUUCUUUGGCUCCUUGUCAGUCAUGGCACGUACCAAGCAGACCGCCCGUAAGAGUACUGGAGGUAAAGCCCCCAGGAAACAACUGGCUACUAAGGCCGCUCGUAAGAGCGCCCCAGCCACCGGAGGUGUUAAGAAGCCCCAUCGUUACAGGCCCGGAACUGUUGCUUUGAGAGAAAUCCGUCGUUAUCAAAAAUCCACUGAACUCUUGAUCCGAAAAUUGCCAUUCCAGCGUUUGGUUCGAGAAAUCGCUCAGGACUUCAAAACUGAUCUCCGAUUCCAGAGUUCUGCUGUUAUGGCUCUCCAGGAAGCUAGCGAAGCUUAUUUAGUAGGCUUGUUCGAAGACACUAACUUGUGCGCUAUCCACGCCAAGAGAGUAACUAUCAUGCCUAAGGACAUUCAGCUCGCUAGACGAAUUAGGGGUGAACGUGCCUAAGCCAAAAAAAAAAA